AUGACAUUAGUUCCAAGCAACAUUAACAAGCAAGAAUGGACCAGGGAAACAAGGACCCUGAAUCAAUUCUUUGGAAAGGAGCACAUUUAUAGGUACAUUGAAGGCAAGGGUGCACAAAAGCACAGAGAUGCAGGUUUGCGCCUCUUCACCUCUGGGCACCUGCAGAAACUUGAGUUUUUGAAGAUAGAAAGCUCAGAGACUGUUGUGCGUGCAGACGUUCUGGCAUCAAUGACAACAAGGACUAUAUAUAAGGUGUCAGCCUGGCUACUAAGAAGUGAUGGAGAAAUUGUUUCAGGCACCUGCGCCUGUGUUGCUGGCAAAGGGUCUGCAUGUAAGCACCUGUGUUGUGUUUUCUAUGGGUUGAUGUAUAUAGCUCAGCAUGACCUUGCAACUGUGCCAACCUUGCUGGCGUGUACUGAGACAGAAAGGCAAUGGUACAAACCGAGAGAUCCGAGAAAUGUACCACAUAGCUUUGAAGACCUUGUCUUUUCGAAGGAUACUUGGGAGAGACUCAGCAGUGCACCUGAGCAUCACAACAAACGAAUGAAAUAUUCAUCACUAAAGCCAGAAAGAGAGGUCAUGACGACACGAACCUUAAUUGGCUUACAUGGAAAACUAAAAGAAAAUGGACUGCAGUGCUUCGCUGACAUUUUAGAGGCUAAUGAUUUCUUGUGUGACAAAAGCACCGAGUCAACAAAAGACAACAAUGUGCGUGAAAGCAUGCCUCUGCGCUGGCUUGACGCCGUAAAAAAGUCACAGACGCUAGUGUACUCUGCUGAUGAUGUGGCUGCUGUUGAGAGUGCGACAAGGCUGCAGAGUGGCUCAACACUGUGGCACCAUUACAGAAAGGGAUUUAUAAUGGCCUCAGUAGCACAUAGAGUGUACACGUGGGUCAAAACAUGCGAAACAAAAAUGGGGCCUCAUGAUGCCCGGUCACUUCUGAGUGCCAUAAUGGGGAAGAAGUGUCGAGCCACAUACGCCAUGAAACGAGGGCUGUCGUGUGAGGAUAAUGCAAGGAAGGAAUUCAUAGAGCAAAACAAAGGGCACUUGGACAUACAGGUCGAACAGUGCGGUCUGCUUUUGUGCCGGAGCAAUUCUUUUCUAGGAGCAAGCCCCGAUGGCAUUGUUAAAUGCCUUUGUUGUGAGCCUAGUGUUCUGGAAAUUAAGAGUCCAAUGAACCUUGACACAUUUUGUAAGAGUGAGCUACGUGAUGGGUAUCUGAAGAGAAGCAGCAGAUACUUCACCCAAGUACAAAUGCAAAUGGGGGUGAGCUGCUUACAAUCUUGCAUCCUCUUCGUUUACAGUGAACAAAAGUGCGUGCAAGUUUCUGUGAAUUUUGAUCAGAGUUUUUUCGAUGAACUGGUGAAGCGGUGCAAAUUUUUUUGUGAGAAGUACUUGGUGCCUUCCUUUCUUGGCAGUUAG